GUAUAGCCUCGAUUUUAGUGCUCAGUGCCCAGCCCCGGCCCAGCCUUCUAUCCCCGUGCUGUACAGAGAAGCUGUUUUGUAAAGUAACUGUUUAUAAAUUACUCUGAAGUGCAUCUGAUAUUUCUUAAAAAUGGCAGACGACGAACUGGAAGCGAUCCGACGGCAACGAAUGGCUGAACUUCAGUCAAAACAUGGGGGUCUAGCAUGGAAUCCCAUGGACCCGAAUUCAUCUAAUGAUCAACAGGGACAGCAAGAGGCCCAGCAAAGGGAAGCAGACAUGAGAAACUCCGUAUUGGCUCAAGUCCUGGAACAGUCUGCGAGAGCCAGAUUAAGUAAUCUGGCACUUGUGAAGCCAGACAAGGCCAAAGCAGUGGAGAACUACCUUAUACAGAUGGCUCGCAUGGGACAGCUUGGGGGAAAGAUUUCAGAAUCCGGUUUGAUAGAGAUUCUUGAAAAAGUCAGUCAACAAACAGAAAAAAAGACAACUGUGAAGUUCAACAGACGGAAGGUGAUGGACUCAGAUGAAGACGAUGAUGAUUGAACAAAGCCAAAUGAUCUCCCUGGUGGGAGAGGUACUAGUUAGCAGUGUUCAAAGAUGGCUGAUGGCUGUGACCCGCCUAAUGCUUGUUUUGAGCAUCCUUAUUGGACAGACUACCACACCCACCAGAGCACCGCAACAGGACAACAUUUUUAUUUGUGUAACUCACUCACUCAUUUUCACCAUGCCUGACGAUUGAUUUCCUUUCUGUCACAAGAGGUAAAGCAAAUUGCAGUCUUGUUUCUGUAAUUCUGCAUCUACAUUUCCCCAAUAGACUCUUUCAGGGACGCAGUAGACCAUCGGAAUUAGCAUUGUACUGGACGAUACCUUGGUAUCAAUUGCUAUUUGUUGUUUUUGUUUUCUUUUUUUCUGCUAUAGUAUCUGCUACAGUUUACAUAAUAAAAAGCCUUAAACAAGUUCAAAA